AUGCAGAGGGUUCUAGAGAUGCUGGCGAAGAUGGGGAACGAGAUGGUGGACCUGAAACAUAGAGUAUCCGAGCAAAGCGACACGAUCAGGAAGCUGAGCGCCACGGUUUACAAGCAAAGCACCAUCAUUCAAGGACAGGAAGAUCUGAUCCGAGGCUUGGAGGUCCAAGUCCAGGAAUCCAAGGAAGAGUUUCGACGCAAGAGCGAUGAGCACGACGCGGAAUUAAAACGGGGACACCAGGAUCUUCAGAGAGAAGUCGCCGCUUUAAAAGAGCAAUUGGCCCAGCUUACGCAGAAGCUGAAUGCUUCGGGUGAGGUGACUCUGUCAAGCGGCGCUCGAGCAACGUUUGCCGAUAUUGCGCGCACACUGCCAGCGAGCCCGCCGACGAGUCUAUCCAGCGUAGCUGUCCCAAGAAAGCAGCAGACAGCCAGCGAUCCUCUCCAUUGUACCAUCGACACAUCUCGCGCCAUCGAGACUGAGAUGAGAGCGAUGAACGGACAAGAGACCUGGAGAGACGAAGCCGAGCUUCAGAUGGUCAAAGAGGCUGCGCAGAAGACAGCCGUGGAAGGUUCACGAGUUAUGCGAGACCAGCUGUACCCGGUCCGAGUCGACAACGCCAACCGCACAGCAAUCCUUGACGCGGAAGGCAACGUUCUGCCUGGAGCGAUCGAGGCCUUGAGUGCCGAAAACAGAGUGACCAUUGGCAAGAUUUCCUGGUUGAGCAAACGAGAGUCUGGCAAAGCGUACGGGAGAUCGGUCACAAAGCAUAUGCAUGCAAGAAGCAGCGGACAUGCGGCAAGUGCGCAAAGGUUGGGCAUCACCACAGAGAGUGCACAGCAAUUGAGCCAAAAUGCGUCCCGUGUGGCGGACCGCACGAGUCGUUCAGCUGGAAAUCUGAAUGCGCACAAGAGUGAUGUGGUGCAGCAAAGCCUGAUGAACGACGCAGGCCUCAAGGACUUUGCUGUGCUGGCUCUUUCUGAGCCGUAUGCGCGUGUUAUCGACGGAGAGGUGGUGACGAGCCCUAUGGGACACCAUAACUGGACAAAGAUGAUACCGACGUGUGCUCGUGACGGCCUGUGGCCGAUCCGUAGCAUGCUUUGGAUCCGAAGUGACCUUGAGGCGGAGCAAGUGCCUGUGCCGUCGGCCGAUCUCACAGCAGUGGUGCUCCGACUCGAGGAGGAAGUGAUGGUGGUAUCAGUGUACGUGCAAGGAAAGAACGACGAGGCGCUGACGAGCGCGAUGGAGCUGCUGCGCGACCUGAUCGAUCGCUUCCGUGAUGGGACAGGAAACCGCACAGAUGUGGUUCUGGCGGGAGACUUCAACCGCCACGAUCUCCUCUGGGGCGGAGAUGAAGUGUCAGCGAGCAGACAGGGGGAGGGCCAGCCCAUCAUCGACCUGAUGAACGACUUUGGUCUCAGCAGCCUCCUGCCGAGAGGGACGAAAACGUGGCAAAGGGCGGACGAGGAGAGCACCAUCGACUUGGUGCUGGCAUCGGCAGAACUGGCAGACGAGGUGAUAUCCUGCAUGACUCACCCGACAGAUCACGGGUCAGACCACAGAGCGAUCCAGACGGCCUUCGACAUUCAAGUACCGGAGAGAACGUUUCCACAGCGCCUGAUGCUCAAGAACGCGCCGUGGAUCGCCAUCGCAACCAGGGUCGAGGACGAGCUUCGGCCUCUUCCGUGGAGUGUGGGGGUACAGACGCAGGCGGAUCAGCUCAUGAGGGUGGUCACCAAGGUGCUUCAUGAUCUGACACCUCGGGCACAGCCGCCGCCAUACGCGAAGCGAUGGUGGACAAAGGACCUGACGCGACUGCGGCAAACGUACACGUAUUGGCGCAAUCAAGCAAGGGCGCAGCGAAGAGCCGGUCAACCGCAGCCGGAUCUGGAGCAACGCGCCAAGGACGCUGCCAAGGAGUACCACGACAACGUGCGGAAACAGAAGAAGUCCCAUUGGGACGACUUCGUCACCGACGAGAACAACAUCUGGAAAGUGGUCAAGUAUCUGAAACCCGGCGUGAAUGUGUUCGAUGACAAGGUGCCGCCGUUGAGGAGAGCCGACGGCUCGAUCACCAAAGGCAAAGGAGAGCAAGGUGAGGAGCUCCUGAGCACCUUCUUCCCGCCUCUGCCAACCAUGAUCGAACCGGAGGGUGAGCGUCCGCAAAGAGAAGCGAUAACCAUGCCCGACCUCACCUUGCAAGAGAUUGAGGAAAAGGUGAUGGCGGCCAAGUCUUGGAAAGCGCCGGGGGAGGACGGCCUCCCUGUGAUUGUGUGGAAGAAGCUCUGGCACGUGGUCAAGCAUCGGGUGUGGACGCUCUUCGACUUAUCGCUUCGAGAGGGCGUGGUGCCCCAUCAAUGGCGGACGGCCAAGAUCAUCCCGCUGAAGAAGCCGGUCGUUGCAGAACGCAUCAGCUAUGCAGUCGAAGCUCAUGGGCUGUUGCCCGCGAACCACUUUGGUGCACGGAAACGCAGGUCGGCAGACCAAGCACUCGUGCUUCUGCAGGAGCGGAUAUAUAAGGCUUGGAGAAUGGGCAGGAUGAAAGCUCGAGGCAUCCCGAGUCGCCUGGUCAAGUGGGUAGACGCAUUCUGCUCGGAACGGACCGCAUCGGUGGUUGUCAACGGGCACACAUCCGAGCAGCAAGCCCUGGCGCAGGCCGGCUUACCCCAAGGAUCUCCACUAUCACCGGUGGCAUUUCUGUUCUUCAAUGCGGACCUGGUGCAGAAGCGAAUCAGUAACAACAGCGGCUCCAUCGCCUUCGUGGACGACUACUCUGCCUGGGUCACUGGACCAACGGCCGAGUCGAACAGAGAUGGUAUUCAGUCGAUUAUCGAUGAUGCGCUCGAGUGGGAGAAGCGCAGCGGCGCCACAGGGAAUGAUGUCAAGCCGAAGGACAAUGUGAAGCUGCUGGGAGUCAUCAUGGAUCAAGCACUUCGCUUCAAGGAGCAUAUCGCCGGAAUGGCCUCACCACGAACGGCAAGGCAACUGUUCACUGCGACCGUAGCGCCGACCAUGGAUUAUGCCUCCAACGCGAUCACGGGAGGGUUCCGUACGGUCGCGACGGCUGUGGCCGAGGCCGAGGCCAGCGUGCAAUCAUUUCGAGAACGCCAUGCUCAAGCGGCGUCGAGAUUCUGGAUCAGAACGCAGACGCUGCCGAGGACGCAUCCCUGA